AUGCCUCAUUCGGAGGAAAGGAUUCGCAUCGCGAUUGCAGGCGGCGGUAUUGGAGGCCUAUGUCUUGCAGUCGGUCUUAUGGACAAAACAAAUCUGGACGUACACAUCUACGAAGGCGUACCAAGGUACACCGAUAUUGGUGCCGGACUCGCGCUACACAAGAAUGCCAUCACAGCAAUGGAUCUGAUCCACCCCGCAAUCAAGAAGACGUAUUUCGCAAAAGCUCUUACCAUGGCUGAAGAAGAGGACGAGGAAAUGGUUACCCAAGUUGUACUUGUCAGCGGACCUAAUACUGGAGAAGUAGUCGCUGAGUUGGGCAAGGCAAAAGGUCGAAGGACUGUGGCAAGAGCGGAUUUGCUCGAUGGACUGUUGGCUUUGUUGCCGAAAGACCGAGUCACCUUUGGCAAGAAGCUUGACAGUAUCAAGGAAGAUGAUGCUAGUGGUAAAGUAACACUUACUUUCAAAGAUGGUACGACUGCUGAAGCAGACUGUCUACUGGGUGCCGAUGGUGUGCACAGUGGUACCCGUAAGCAUCUUCUCGGAGCAGAUCACCCUGCAGUGCCGCCGAAGAAUUCGGAUGGCUGGAGAGUACACUCGCGUCAACUACCAAUGGAACUUGCGAUGAAGACAAUCGACUCGAAGUGGCGACGAACAGUGCCUAUCCUCUGCGGUAAAGAGGGCCACGUCAAUAUGAUGCCACUGCAUAUGGGAAAGACGCUGAGCAUCAUCUGUGUCACACGUACUGGUAUCGCGAGCGAUGGAAGUGUUGCGCCAUUUGAGAAGGAGCGUUUUGCAGACUAUCGCGAAGACGCCAAAGCUGCUGUCGAGCUUGUCGCUGAAGAUCCGCACAUAACAUGGGAGCUUCAACAACACGACCCAGCCCCUUACUACAAUCGCCGUAGCAUCGCAAUGAUGGGAGAUGCAGCGCAUGCAUGUAUGCCAUUCGUCGGACAAGGUGCAGCUCAAGCAAUCGAAGAUGCCGCAGUACUCACAGCACUUUUCCGCCGUGUAGACUCGGUCUCACAAAUCGAGAAGGCACUGACAGCUUACGAUCAAGUCCGUCGACCUCGGGCACAAGCUGUCGUCACCAUGGGCCGUGACUUUGGCCGUCUCUAUGAUUUUGCACUUCCAGGUGUCGAGGAUGAUCCGGUCAAGAUGAAGCAGUUUAUGGGUAAAGGCGCGGCAUUUACCAACAAUGCAGACUUGGAAAAGCAGAACCAAGAUGCUGUGGAUGCGUUUGAGGCUUUGUUGUAG